AUGCCGCCCCAGGGCAAGAAGUUUCCGGCGGGGAGCGGCAAGAAGCAGGCUGCGCACAGCAGGGAGGCGAAGAAGCAGAAGGACGGAGCCGACCACCCUAACCUCCAGUCGCGCCCCAGGGACUGCGACACGUGUGGGCAGAACACGCACGGGUUUGAUCGGCAUUGCCCGCCUGGGACCUACCUCUAUUGGCCCAAGGCUGAGGUCUGCGCCACGACUAAGAUCAAGACGCCCAUGGGGACGGAGUGCGGCCACUGCUUGUACGUGCGGCAGAAGUACUACGCCAAGGGCACCACUGCCCAACAGAUCAUCCAGAAGAAGAAAGAUCCAGCUGAAAACGCUCGACACGAGAGGUUGCGAGAGGAUCGCGCAUCAGGGAGGAACGAGUGCCAGAUGACCGACGCGGUGAACGCGCAGCUCCAGACGGUUCAAGAGAGGAAGGACUUCUCGGAGGCCUUUGUCGAGGGCGAGCUCUGUGAGCUGAGGGGCUUCUGCAGAGACCGAAACUUGCAGUUCUCGUCUCAGGAGGAGGCCGUGAAGUACAUCAACGAAAGGCUAGGCUUCGAGACUGGGAUGGGCGAGACAAACGAGUUCGGCGUCUUCGUAGUUGAGAAACGACCAGGAGCUAGGUGCAAGUUUCGCAAGGGACUCGCGAGGAGCUCUGGGAUCAUUCGUGAGGAGGGUCACGACGACCUGCAGUCAGCCGUCGACCAGGGUUUGGAGGACAGCGCGGACAUGCGGAGCAAGGAGGGCUUCCACGACGUCACGUCUGCUGCCGAGCACGACGCGGAGGAGGGCACCCUCUCAACCGACAACGGAAUUGCCCCGAUGCUUGCGCCGCCGCCUCAGGCAUCGCGUGGUGGCUCGCAGUCGCAGUGCCAAUCGCAGGAUCUCUCCAUCUUGCCCUCCUCCGCUUCGGGCGCUGGUUCUGCUCGCAGCGAAGCAGGUGGCAACUUCGACGUCCAGUCCAUCAGCAGCGGCGAAGGCGCCUCGCGCAAGAGGCCUUUCAGCAUGACGGCCAGCGCCUUCGGCGAGAGCGCGAGCGAGGCGCCUGGGUCUCCUCGGAGUGGACAUGGUACGCCGAUGCCGCCCGCCAGGAAUGCCAAGGAUGCCAAGGACGCGCCGAGCUCGAGGAAGACGCAGAGGGGGGCCUCCAGAGACGUUGGUGGAACCACGUGGACGGUGGCGAACCUGUGGAACAAGAGGUACAGGCAGCGCGACUUCGAGAACUUGCUCACGAGGUUGACCGCCAAGGCGAACAAGGUCGGGAGUUCGAUGGUCGACGAGUCGGCAGAAGUUUCGGACCAGUUGUUCAGGACUGGAGUGCGACUUGAGGAGACGAGAGAUUGCUUCGAGAAGCUGAAGAGGUCCCCAGAGGUGGCCAUAUCGACGGAGGUCCCCAAAGUUCUAGUGAACGUCCUGAAGCAAGCCGACGUCCCCCUGCAGUCUAAUAUGGCCUCCACAAUUUGCUGCGCUCUGCUGGGGCAGACGGACCCCGCCUCCCACGCGCUGGCCCUGAAGAUGGCGAAGUACCACAGUGGUGACAGCAGCUCGCACCUUUCAGUGGCGACGUUCGGAAGCAUCGGCAUCGGCGACGACGACGAGUUCCUUGCGAAUUGCCAGCAUAAUCUUAUUCAAUCAUUCGUCGAUAAAGCCCUGAAGCGAAUAUCCAAGGGGGAGUUUUCGGCGCUCAUGGCCGCGUGCGACGGGAUCAUCGGCGAAUGUGACAUCAACGCCCUGAACAUCGACAGCGCCAAGAUAGAUCCUUCCACGGGAUGGUUGCCUCUUGUCAUGGCCGACCUGAAUGCCGUGCGCUUUUUCGGGAAGGUGCUGGCCGUCGAUGCGAAGGAGAAGUUGCCUCGGGACUUGCGGGUCGAGGCGCUGAGGGUGCACGCGAACAAAGAGAAGCUGAGCAAUCGACUGCGGUGUCUCAUCAGGGUUGGGGCUGGGAGUACCAACUGGGCUCGCGCAGCGUGGGAACGAACGCCCUUCGCUGAAUUCGCUGGCACAUCGGAAGGUGUUGCUCUCGACUCCACCGUCCAACAGAUGAUGAUCACGAUUUGCGCCGAGAUCAAGACGUUCACCAGCGGGGACAAUGGGGCCUCAGUCGAGAAGUUAUUCGAGAUAGUCAGCAGGACCGUCAUGGAUACUGGUGGCAGGCUUAAGGAUAUCGACACUUUUGCUAAAUGCAUGGACAGCCUCGACGAUGAGAAGGCCUCUCAGGAAGCAUCCACCCUCAUCUCUUUGAAGAACGAGCUUUUGGCGGCGCUUGGCAAUGCAAUGACGGAGAUCCUGGCCUACUACGACCGCUUUUCGGACAAUCUCGAGAACGUCUAUGCCGUGUCCGCUUGUUGCGCGGGGGACACCAGCGGGAUGGCAUCGGACGCCGACUGUUUCAGGCUCUUCUCCGGGAUUGCGAAGAUAAUCCUAAAGUUCGAGAUCGGGGUGCCGGAGAGGGCGGUAGUCCAGGAGGCGAAGCUUCGGGCCGAGCUAGUCGUCGACGCAAACGAGACGAAGAUGU